AUGGACGUCGAAUUGUACAGUCAAGAAGAGGAGCCCUCGUUUAGGGUCGAAGAAACUGAUCCCAUGGAAGUGGUCAAGUCGCAAUCGGACACGCGUUCCCAGCAUCCUCAGCUGUACGCAAGUCUUGCAGAGUACAGCCUCCAAGGACCGCGAACCUUUCCCAUCGUACAAUUCCCUGACGACGAUUCUACGCCUACUUUCGCCCCACACAAGAGUAUUCAUCAUCACCAGAGGCGCACAACGCCCCCUGUCCCAGAUUGCCGUCCCGGCCCUUCUCGGGCUGGCCCUUCAAGUGACUUUGUGAUGUCGGCUGCCCCAUCCAUGUCGAGGGCCGGGUCCCAAUCGAUGUCAAGGACCAGUUCUCAGUCAAUGUCACAUAUGGGAUCCAAUGCCUCGCAGACUGCUCCUUUCUCCCGGGUCUCUAUCGACAGGGCACUUAGCGAGCGUCCUCGGCGGCCUUCACCUCAUCUUCACGAGAUCCAGCCGCCUAGCCGACGCCUGUCUUCGCAUCAAAUGCUCCUUUUGACUCCCUUCGGAGGACAAGUACCAAUGGGGACUCUCCCGGGGUUGCCUUUGAAACGAGGAGGCGCUGGUAUGUCGAGGGGCUCUCCGAGCUUGGGCACAGCCGAAGGGGUGUCGAGGUCGGGAAGUCGCAGUGAACGUCCCUCUGUACCACCCGGGCUUCACCCGAGAAGAGAAGGAAGAAGUCAGGGUAGUCGGAGUAGCGGCACAGGCGUAGGUAUUGGGGUGGGAGCUGUGGAUUUGGGCAGGGACGUCACCGUGGCACCACUGGUCAAUCUACCUCUAAGAGUACGACAGUCAUUGGGCGCUAUCGGAAGCGUCACCCAUCACUCUCCUCUAGCCUCUGCGCCCAUGGCUACAAUUACGUCUCAAGGAUCGUCCGGCGAAAGUCGAUCACAGGAGGAGAGAGAAGUAAGCAGCUCUGCGUUCAUGUCACGCGAUGAGGUAGACAUGGCUCGACACAGAAAGGCUAGCGCUUCUACGCCUUACAGACACAGUGCAACGAGUGGGAAGCGUGCGAUAGAACAUUCUGAACCGCAAGUGAUGCCCACCACGGUGGCCAUGUCAAGAUUCAACUCGUUGCCAGUGUUGACACUGCGAGAGUUGGAAGCUCUGAUAGACAAGGACGGAGAACUUGGUAUCCAGAGGGGUGGUCACUGGGCUUGGGUGUCGAGAGAAGUGAAAGUUGAUGAACACGGCAAUGAAGUGUGCGUAGGCUCUAUCUCAAAGUCGGUCGAUACUGAUGCAUCUAUUCGCAGGGACAAGUUCCCUCAAGGGCCCGUAUCCCAAAGACCUAUCUUGGGAGCCAUGACCUCUCCCAGCUUUAGCGACCCAUUUCCUUCCCGAUUCGGGGCCAACAACACGCAGGCUUUCAUCCCCAUUGCCACUUCAACAGACUACCACUACUCUCCCACCUACAACCAUAGACGAAUGUCGGAGGCCCCCGUUUCACCGACCCUGGAAGGAAACAACAGCAGAAGACCUAGUAUGCCUGUGUCUCUGGCUGGAAGUGCGAGGGCAAGCUUGGCCGGGUACACUCCUCGACAAUCAAUCAAUCUUGCCUCUCGCCUCCAGUCUGUCUCUGUGGGGCCGCUGGAAAAUCAAGCGCUCAAGUCUCGAAAGUCAUCUCUGGCCAGCACUUCAUCCAAGCAGGGGACUGAGCUUGCAUCCCCGGGACAAUCGCCAGGGGGGACUCCGGUUACUAUCAGUCCUCCUCCUCGUCCUCGGAUCACGCGUUACAAAUCUUCCCCUGCUCGCUCUUCUGGUCUUGGUCUCAAUCUCACCCUCGUACAGCAGGCAGAGGCCACCUGCGACGCCACCAGCCGUCGAGGGAGUGCGACCGACGAGAUGGGCGACAGGAGAAUGAGUACUGUCGUCGUUGGCCACUGGGCCGAGGUCGACUUUAUUGACCCUGUGGCCGCCACAGUGGCCUUGUCGCCUUCGGCUGCUCCAGUUCCCCUAGGAUCUUUCCCCAGACCACCAGCUCCCCCUUCGGAAGCUUCAUCAGGCGCCAGUCCUACUACUGCUACCAAAGUCCUUGCCCCGUCCCGCGGGUCCAUCACCCCCAUUGACUCUGAUCAUUCCCUCGCCAUACAUAACGCACACCACGCACACCUCAUCGACUGGUUCUCCGAGUUUUCCUUCCGAGGAAGAGACAGAUUCGAGUCGAUAGAUUCAGCUCUGCCGCUCAUGCCAGGAGGUGGAGGGACGAGGCUGAGUGUGCCGAUCCAGGGGGCGGGAGAUGGUUAUCAUCCGAGUAGAGGAGCUUCUGUGACGAGUACAGACUCGAGGCCUUCGGGUCUGGGAGGAGGAUCGGAGGUCGAGGGCGAGAUGCCACGGAGAGGUAGUCUGGGAGUGGGUGCCUUUGCCCGUCUGCGGCGAGGCAUAUCUAGAAAGAGCUCUGAAGGCAUUGGGGAGGAUAAGCUUCUACACAGAGAAGGCCGUCACUGGUCUGACAGACGGGGCAGUUGGGCAGAGAGUUGGGGAAAGCGGUAA